GUGGCGGCACACACUUUUCAAACUAACAUUUAUACUGAAGAAGAAGAGUUAAAAAAAAACCGUAGAAGAAGAUUAUUUACCGACCUAGUGUUAUUAGAAAGUUUGCGCAGAUUUUCGCAGACAUCUUAGUGGGAAAACUAAGGACAUGGAGACUCAGACGCCAAUGAACCAGCCUCUACCCCAAAAUGGGCCCCAAGAGAACCAAAAUAAGAAUGCCAGGAGAAAGCAGCUGCAGGAUUCUGCUGAUAUAGUGUUUUUGAAAGGGGCAUCUAUCCAGUCCAUGCCCUCCCUUGGCAAACAGUUGAACUCAAUCACAGAAUGUGUCAUUGGUCUCCAGUAUGUGUGGGAGUACCGCAGCCCCAGUAAAACUGUUCCACCACACUACCAGUGCAAACUCUGCGCUGUCUCCCGUUUGCAGCAUGAUAUGCUUGCACAUGUGAAAGGCUGGAAACACAGCUUCAAAUACUUGAAAAGGAUCCGCCCUGACAAGGUUGCCUUUGAAGAGGAAGACGCCAUCAAAGACCCAGCUAUAAGGAAGAACAUUAAAGAUGCUGCUGCUGAAGUGGAACAAACAGAGGGAAGAGGACAACUGAAGGUGAUUCUGAAGGAGCCCUGUGAUGUACCUGGCUUCAAGGGAUUCCGUACUGCUACUCCUAAAGUUAUGCCUCCACUUGCUUCAGGGAUGGGAUUUAGGGGAUCAUCCUUUUUUCCCAGGUUCUUCGAUCUAAGGUUUCCCUCUCAGGGUGGGCCUAUCUCUGACUUUCCAAUUGGAGAGUAUGGGAAGCCUAGUUUUGGAGGCUUCCAGAAAAGGCAAGAUUUUCUUGACUCCAGUAUGGAUCAGAGAACUUUCCCAUAUAGAUGUGAAGAUAACUUUGAACCAGGCGUUGGACGAGAUAGCUUUGGACGGAGUGGGAUGCUAGAGGAGAACCCAGGCAGAAUGUAUCCUGAUGAGUACAGAGGCGGCCAUAUGGGUGGUGGAUUAAUGGAUCAAACAGUAGACAAGCCACUAAAUAGGCCCGGAUUGAUGGGAGCAGCACCAGAUCAUGGCAACCUUUCUAAUACACUGCUCACAUACCUGGAUACUUUCCGGAUUGAGAACGAGAAUGAUGCACAGCUGGUUUUAAAAGUGACCCAGAAACUAACAGAUGUGCUGAUGGAGUACAGACUUCGAAGCAUAUCAGCGGGUUCUAGUCUGAACAACUUGUCUAUGAACUCCACAGGCUUCUCCUCUAGUUCAUCAAUAUUGCCAAGCGGUACUGAUCGAUACUCAAGUAGCCUCUCGGGUCCAUCCAGGUUCUCUGAUGGCCCGCCCAGGUAUUACAGAUGAGGAGGAUACAACUUCUCAGUGAUCUUAUCUCUGUUCCAUGUGCAUGUACAUGCCGGAGUUAGACAUUGAUGUUUGCAUAAUUUUUUAGUUGCUGCCUAGUUUAAUUUGUAAAUUGUCUUCACUUAUUUUUAAUAAUGAAAGAUUUAUAACAUUUUACAAGUCUUUAAUGCACCUCUUUGUUCAUUUCCCAAAGUCCAGUUUGAUUAAAGAGAAAACUGUAAAAAUCUGUUAACGCUA